UCAAAUUCGGCCUCAUCCAGCUGUUUAAUCAUUUCUUUCAAUAAUGUAUACUACCGACUCUGUUCCGGUUGUUACACGUACGUUUCGCUCCUUUGCCCAGGAUUCAACAACAUCAUCCUCACUAUCGGGGCUUCCUCCGAUAGCAGCGUCCCCACAUUGAUAUCUCCGGUUUCUCUCCCCUCGCCCGCCCAGAAACAGUUUGACCCUUCCGUCUCUACGAGAACACUUAAAUAUAGAUCAAUUUGCUCUACGUUGCAUCAUGUCAAACAGCAGUCUCACGUCACCAUUUGCAUCGGCCACUCUCCAACCAGGCCAUGGACUCAUCACACUGGUCCUUCUACUGCCUUCAUCGCCGACACUGCAGGCUUUAACCUACCAAUACCCGCUCAAACUUAUUGCGCCUGAUCCAAUCACUCUUCCAUCGGGUCAGCGCAUUGUCCUCGCGUUCCUACUCACCUAUGGCGGCGGGCUUGUCGCCGGCGACAGCAUCACACUACACAUUGAGUUGGCGCCGCAAACACGCCUGGCGCUCGCAACACAAGGAUCCACAAAACUCUUCAAAUCGCCCAGUCGGAGCGUGGUCAGCCGCCAAACCCUCGACGUCGUCAUCAGGCCCGGCGCAGCACUAUGCUACCUCCCAGACCCGACACAGCCUUUUGCCGGCAGCUGCUACGAGCAAAAGCAGGUAUUCCACAUGGGCAAGGGGUCCAGUCUGUGCAUGCUGGACUGGGUCAGCGAAGGACGCCGCGCGCGCGGGGAACGAUGGAGUUUUCGUCGCUGGACAGGGAAAAAUGAAAUAUGGACGCUACCUUCAGUGGGGGGUCCGAAUUUUCGAAAUCCUCCUCCUUCUCCGCCAUCCACGACCGAAGGGGGAAAAGAAAAGGAAGACAUACCUGCCCUACUCAAUCCCUACAAGCACGGUGCGCCCCGCCUUCUUCUCCGGGACCAUCUCAUCCUCGACGGCGACGAACAAGCCGAAGGGUGGCCGGAAUACUCCAAAAACGAGUACAUAAACAGAGAACAACCUUCACCGCCGCAGCACCGCAUUAGCAAUUCAGAUAUCCGUCAUUCACGUCCCUCGUUCACUGGCGACGUUCCCGACAGUCUUGCCGAGAAAAUGGACGCCCUCGGAGUCUUUGCCACAUUAAUCCUGCGCGGCCCGCUAUUCGCGACUCUCGGGACUUUCUUCCUCGAUGAGUUCACCAAAACACCUCGCAUCGGAGCGCGCAAUUGGUCUGGCGCUGCGGCGCCUGAUCCAAAUGAUCCGAGUGUUCCUCUGGAUGAACGUAGACGCCGAAGCCGAAUCGCGCAGGAAACAAAGGACGGCGUCAUCUGGACUGCUGCCCACGUGCGUGGCAAUGUUUUGGUCAAGUUUGGCGCACGCGAGGUCGAGGGCGCGCGAAGAUGGUGCGGCGACAUGCUGAGACAGGAAGGCAGCGUUGAGAGGGAGUUUGGCGAGAGUGCCCUUUUAUGUCUGCGGUGAUGUCAAGUUAUAUCUACGCUUUUAUAUUUGCGGUGAUGUUAAGUCAUAUCUGCCCUUUUACGGAGUAUGUUUGCGCUGAUGUCAAGUCAUAUCUGCCCUGUUAUAUUCCCGCUCAUGUCAGGACAUAUACCCCGUAUGGCUUUUUGAGGCAGUGUAGGGCGUCGACGUCACGUCCCGAGCAGUGGAGAUAUACCCAUUUAGUGCGUUGCAUUAUUUUAUAUUAUAUCUAUAGAUCUCAUGAUAUACCCCGUUUUUUCCCCUUUUCUUUUGUCCAUGUACAAAAUAUAGAUUCCCGCAUCUCAAAAUGAAUUACAUGAACAAAACAUAGAUUCCAGCA